AUGGAUCCGCUUCCAUCUGGAGAACCGGGGCCCUUUUCUCAUGCUCUACCUAUUCGUGAUGCAGCCAGCGGGUCUUUAUUCAACCCCGAACGUAUACAACAGAAUGGUGACUCGGUACACUCGAGCUCCUCCAAGCACUCUCAGAUAGCUGCGACGGCUAUUCUGAACAGUGGCGAUGUGAUCAUUGAAUAUAUUCCUCCAGACCACUUAUCACCCGAGACAUCAAGGCAAUCGAGCUAUAGAUGGCGAGUUUCGAGUGAUGUGCUUGCGAAAAACAGCCCGUACUUUCGUGCUUUGCUUGACCCGAACAAGUUCUCGGAAGGCAGGCAGCUUAUGAAACAGAGAAUCACACGCGACCGACAAACGACCACGGGUUCCGAGAAUGCUGAAUCAAAGCAACCAUCAGAACUUGACGAGGAACCAGUCUGGGAGGAUCUACCUACAGUCCGGUUACCCAGUGAUCACUUCUCACCGAAGCUUGGAGUCGAUGCCAUUGAAAUGUUUCUCAGGAUCCUGUCUUUGGAUGCAUUUGAAGAUGAGGCAAGAAGAAACUUCGACGCGGAGAUCAAAACGCAGCGUACUUCCUUGAUAUCUAGGGUAAUCCUACUGGCGGACUCUUUCAAUUCUCCUCGCGUCGUCAAGGAGACACUGAAGAGAUCUGGCUAUGCUUAUGGAAGGAAAGUCGCCUUUCCAAAAUUUGAUGAUCAGAUGUUGAAGUUGGCCGAGGACCGGAUUCGACAAUCAUUAUAUAUAGCCCAGUUUCUUGAUGAUAGCACUGUCUUUAAGAUUUUGACGCACACCUUGAUCGUUCUAGGGUCACGAUCUUGGGCAAACGGCGUGGAAAAGCCGACAUCUCCACAGACGUUUCCUUGGUGGUAUUUAUCUGACGGGUUAGAAGAAGAACUAUAUUAUAGACGACAAUGCAUUCUAAACACCAUCACCGACCUGCAAGCAUAUUUCCUGCGAGCAUACGGCGCAUUGGAAGAGACAGACGACCCCAAACCAACGAAUGCCAUCUCCUUCCUGGGCGGAAACCAAUCCCGCCACUACCAGUGUCGCUGCGGCUACGGCAACUCCAGCGCCUGUGACAUGUUCCACCUGGGCCAGAUGACUCGAUUUUUCGCAUUACGCACCAAAACCGUCUUCCUAGGGUCCAGCCUAAUCGAUCCAGACUUUGGCACGGACCCCGAUGGUGACGGUGACGGUGACGGCGACAGCAACGGUCUGGACCCCCCUCCCUCGUCAACCAGCGGUCCGCCCACCGACAUCUCGGCUAUCAUCUCCUCCCUCAAACAGUGUCCAGACUACCAAAUCGACUCCAACCACACUGGCUGUGGAAUCCGCCGCCGCUUCAUCCCUCCCCUGGAUUGCAUCGAGGGGCUCGUGGGUGACCGCAGAGGUCUUUUGGGAAUCGAGCUCAACCGAUGGGAUGUAACCCAGUGGCCACUUGCGUCAGGAUCCUGGGCUAACCGGUCCCUGCGACGCGCUCUGGUCAUCGAGAUCCAUUUCGCCCGAAUCAGCGCCAUCCCGCGCAUGUCACCUGGUCUUAUUCUGGCUGACUCGAGAGAAGAAUCCGCUCGGCUGUUUUUUACCGCUAAGAAGCGGAGAUGGGAGGCUUGA